AUCGACUACGUCAUUAAGGUGGGGAGUAGGUUAUAACCGGAUGGUAGAGUGCAAUGGGUAUGAGAGAGAUAUUAUUACAACUUGCGGACACCAUAAAGUGAGUGAUCAUAGCGAUUGGGUCGUUAAGCAGGAGGGUCGCUAUGACCUGAUGAUUGGGUGCGAUGGGCGAAAGACAGAUACAAUUACAACUUGGGGGCAUCAUAAAAUAAACUUACGUCUCAUCCUUGUGAGUGGUAAGACAAAAGAGUUCCUAUUCAGUCCAAGUGACUCUGCGGGGGACAUAGCUCAUCAUGUAUUUGAAAACUGGCCCGAAGAUUGGACGGAAGAGGCAGUCGCCAAGGCAGAAAUAUUGCGGCUAAUUUACCAGGGACGUUUUCUACACAGCAAUGUCACGCUCGGUGCGCUUGGUCUUCCUUUCGGAAAAACAACAGUUAUGCAUCUAGUACCACGGGAGAACCUGCCCGAGCCUAAUUCUCAAGAUCAAAGACAAAAGAGUAAAGGGGGUGGUAGUAGUUGCUGCUCAGCAUCGUGCUGCAUACUCUAAACAUUGGCCGCCUUGGAUUACUACGAGAUCAUAAUUACUACACGUGAGACAAAUGGGAAAUCCAAGCUGGGCCACGGUUUCUAAGAUUUUAUGGCUGAUGAAUAAUCGUUAGUGGCUGAGAUCUUAUGAGCAGUGUAGCUGAUUAACAAUAAAAAUUUAGCAUUCUGACUGGAAUUCACCAGUACUCUGGCUAACGCGGUGGGGAAAAUCCACAAAAUUCAAUUAAAUUUAUUCGCGCCACAUGAGAUGGAAAUUGAACAAACACAUAUUUUCUACUAGACAUUAAUUUUACUGUUGAAAAAAUAUUUUAUGCUUUUCACCGGGUCAUCGAGUGGCGCUGUCACAACUCAGAAAAAAAUCUGCGAUCAUUGUAAUAUCGAUAAUCUAAUACUCAUAGAAAGGAGACUAGCGUCAGAGCCAAACUUGGAGUGUAAUGUGCCCUUCACCAUAUGCGACUCAUUGUUUUCCACCAUCAAUGAACCAUAUAAUCAUGAAAUAAUGAAAAAAAAAAAAUACAACAAGACAACAAACAGUUCGUUACAUGAUAUGAUGAUCGGAGUACGAGGGCCCCACUCAUUCGCGCUUUGAAAAGUACUACCGAGUGCUGCGAGACGCGCCAUGAGUGCAUUAAUACAUUCGAAAUGUCUUUUGUUAUUCAAAAGUUCAUUGGCCUCCUGGCGCAUGACUGCGGCGUACAAAUAAAAAUUCACCGAGAUAAUUUUAAUGAUGGAAAUAAAUAAAUUUCAUUACCAGACAAAAAAGCCAGCACAUGAAAGGGAUAAUAAAUUAAUAUCAUGUAGCGUUCAUUCCUUCUCCUCUUCCUCCCCGCAUUGCACAGAAAAUGCUCUCUGAAUAAUAAAGCUAACAAGACAAAUGGAAAAACAUACCAUUGUGAACUCACCAACGAGAAAACAAAAUGCUACAGUGCUUACAGUCUCAAUCACUAUCCAACUAUCGCAGCGUUAUUAUAAUUAUUGUAGACCGGAAUAUGUGUGUGAGACUGCGUAAAAUAAAAGAUUGACUAAGUAAACCAAUUCAGCGAAAAAAAAAAAUGAUUUGAAAAAAAAUGAGAAAAAAAAUGGAAAAAAAAAUCGAGUGUAUGUGUUUUGAGCGAGAUUGAUAGAAAAAGAAUAAAUUUAUGUUGUGAUAUGCAGGUAGUAAAUAUUAUAUACAUACUAUUAUUAAAAUUAUAUAUAAAUAUAUAUAAAUAUAUUAAAAUUGGUAUGAGAUACGUUGACACGCAGUUGAACUCUCAUACAUAGUCUUUAUUAUCAUGAAUUUAGAGGAAAUGAAAAAAAAAAUGCGGAGAACAAAAAUUAAGUAAUAUUACGACGCCACUUUGAGAGUUUAGUAAUUCAGAAUAAAAGAGACAGAGAUACAAAUUGCUGAGGAAAUGGACAUUGGAUCUCUUAUGGUAGUUAUGAUUAAAUCAAAUCUCAAAUAUAUUCCCUGUUAGCUCCUUUUCGUCCCUCUAUCGCCGCCACUUCUUCCCAGGAGAAACUUAAAAAAAAAAAAUCAAUUGAUGAAGAAAAAGGAAAUUUCAAAUGAAUUAUCCCCGUCCAAAUUUUUUCAUAAUUGGGCCUAGAGUGUGGAAAUAAAAAACGGCAAAUAUAUCUCGUAGUUCCAGUUCAGGCCCAAACGUUACGGGUGAAAGAUAAAGCAUUCGUAGGUAAAACGUUUGUUAGAUAAUUAACGCCCAAAAAGAAUGAUAACAAAGAAAUGGAAUUAAAUGAACCGUUAUGAUAUGUUUUAGCUUAUUCUACACAUACUCUAACUAUUACUAACUGUACUGUACUAUAUCUCUUACCUACGUAACGAAAGGAAUAAGAAAAAUAUGUAUAUAUUACUGUCCUCGUGUAGUGUAAUUUCAUCGAGAACAAUUCGACAAUUACGUUUUUUUAUUUAUUACUUAUGAUUUUCUGUUCCUUCCAUUUGUCCUUGAUAUCUAAUUUUGAUCAGUUACCUUGUGUUCCCAUUACAUUUAUUUACAUGAAAACUAUAGGUUCAAAUAAAUAAACACAAAUUAUGUAAAUCAUAAAAUUUUUUUUCAAUAAAUGAAUCGUGAUCUUUGGUCUUCAACACAUAUCAGCAACAUUUUAUUGGUUUUCUCCUUGCGAUUCGAAUGCGCAAAGUAUUAUUGAAGAUCACUCAAACACACAGUUCACGAUUCCCCCUAAUGAUAUACGAUUAAAACUCCUAUAUGAAUGCUUAAAAACUCUUAUAAAAUGAUAAGAAUAAUAAACAAAGAAACUUUCAAUCCGAGUUAUUUCUUUGAAUUAAUUGCUUGCACAUACUUUGACAAUUCGUGUUAAUAAGGAAUAAAACAUUCGAUCUGUAUUUAGAAAUAUUUUCAUAUUUUCAUGACCCAUUAUUAACAUGAGAGUUGGAUAUUUUCUUCAGUCGAUUGCGGUCAUUCGUAUCUCCCUUUAAGUUGAUCAUUAAUUAGAGAAAUACAACCCGCAAAAAAAUUUUUUUCAUGAAUGAAAUGCUUUGAGAUACCGUCACUGAUGAGUCAAACGAAAGUGGUGUAUUUGUGUUUCGUAUAAAGUACUCAUUUAAGGAUAUCCAAGUACUUGAGAUUUUUUUUUCUCCUGUGAAAUAUUUUUUUUGUCACUUGCUGCAGUAACUGACGAAUUACGAACAUCGUAAUCAAACAUUCUGUAUGAAACACGUGCGGUAUAGAUUUUCUGGCUAGUGUGAUUAGGAAAUUUGUUCGUGGGUCGCUUUGCAAUGCUCACUUUACCGCACUUGUUGCAUAAUAUAUUAUUGGAACGAUUGAAGCGCAUAUGAUUACUUAACGCGCUAACGCUGUAAGUCAAUGUUGUUAUGGGAUAGAAAUAUCACAAAAAAAAAUAUUUUUAUUACUGGUUGAAAGUAUCAUAGAAAAAUGGAAUUACGAUAUUAUCCGUGUUUGUUACAAAAUAUUGACAUAUUGUAUGAAAUGAUGAACAAACUGAAAUAUCAAAAAUCAACAUUUCGUGGGUACGAAAUUCUUAUUCAUUCAAGAUGGUCACAUGAUCAUUAUAUGAUGAAUUAGGUACUCCUCUUUUCGCAGUCAGAGAUGAUGUUUUUAUUAUAUAAAUUUGAUCUCACUGUUUCGAUUAACUUGAAACAACGUGUAAUUGGUUAUGGGACUUCAAUUCUAAUUUAUAUGAAGACAUUCGUUUUUUUCCUAUGUUAAGGAAGAAUUCUUUCUCGAAUCAUUUACUUUCUUGGAGACUUCCUUUUAAUUAUGGAGUAAUGAAAAUCUUCACAUAAAUGUAUCUCUACCUAAAUUAGGAUAAGAUUCUAAUAAGCAAUUGAAAGCCAGUUCUAAUUUAAUCGAAAAAGUUGAAACCGAUUCAUACAAGGAGAGCACCAGCUCAAAAAUGGGUCUUUAUACAAAUUGGCAUUAAAUUCUAAUGGUGCAUUUGAAAUGAUGAGGAGGUGCGAUGAUAAAUAAUCCCCUAAAACAGCCUCUUAAUCAUUCAAAGAGUAAUGUUUGACUACUCUUACAUUUAGUAUCUUCAAGUACGCCAACUAAAUAGUCUGAUGGUAAUUUCUGGCAAGUCUUCAUUUGAUACAAAAUCACCGAGUGAGAUAAAUUUACUCAAAAUCAUUGGUGAGCCAUUAGAUGCAACUGAAGUGUUUUCUUCUUCCCCACAUUACAAAUUACGAUUACAUAACAAGGAUAAUAUCACGUGUUUUUCUGUGAUGUUUUUAUUCCAUAACAAGAUUGAUUUUCAGCACUGCAGUGCUAAUUGUUAGUAACCGCGAGCGUUAUUGUGGCUGUAUUUAUAUUUAAGGGAGAAUCAUUGAAAUGAAAAUUGAAAUAAAUGCAAAACCAUUUGUUCUUUUAAUCACAUAAAAUGUGAAGAAUCGAUUAUUAUGAAUCUCCAUAUCAUCUCAGAAUCGAUGAGUGUAAAUUGCGAUAUAAAUGAAACAAAUACCAAACCCCUUGCUUUCUCAAUAAUUAAAAAAAAAUGGAUCAUUGUUGAACAUCAGAUCUGUCAUUCGGCAUUCAUUUCACCCUGAGAUUCCAGAUACUGUUCAAUGCUGUUAUUGUCUACUGUCCUGAAUUUCAAUCUCCAUAUUAGAUCGUUAAAUGUCGCGUGAACAAUUGUAAUUUUUGAAUAUUCUGAUUGAUUUUUUGAGUCCUAGAAAAGAAAAAGGUUUCUGAAAUUUUAAAGAUUGCAAUGAUUCAUCUAAGGACAAUGUUUACUAAAAAAUCGGUACCGACUGUAAGUUUAAUGACGUUGAAUACUUACAAUUAUUUAAAAAAUCUUUUCAUCCGAUUUGUUUGAUAAAUUCUGUGGUUUAGAAAUGAAUAAGGUGACAAACUGUAAGAGUAUACUAACAUUUUUAUUCUCCAUGGAAAUAAGUUUCUAAUUUUAUAGUAGAAGAUCAAUUAUCUCAAUUGAGCUUCUUUCACUAUAAAUUUCCAGUUAUUUUCACAAUAUCUUUAUUAUUUUUAUUUUCUAAACUGAAAUUGGAAUUCCGAAUUGAAUUCCGAGUUGAAUUGUUAGAAAGUAUUUAAAAACUCUAAAAACAUUUUUUUAAUCUCAUUUUGAGAAUAAAGUAAUCAAUUUUCCUCCAUCGCGAAUAUUUUUUAUAAAUAAUUACUCAACUCUCAACUUUUUUACCGCAAAAAUCAUAUGUUUGGUGUUAAAACGCAUUUGUUCACAUUCAGAAUUUGAUUAGAAAGUUUGCUGAAAAAAUAAGCCUUUCGGACAUUUGAAUAAUUUCAAUCAUUUAUUUAUAAAUAUAAAUUCUAAAUAAUAAUUUUGUGCUAAAUAUAAUUUGAAUCUCUCUGAAUAUUCAUUAUUUCUUUCACUUUUCCACGCUGAAUUCAACUAAUGAAUUCAAUGAUCAAAAAUGGUUGAAUAUAUAAUUUGGUCUUUAUAAAACUGUAAAAAGUACAAGGAUAUCCUUAAUAGAAUUGUAAAUUGGUUUAAGAAGUUGUAGAAUGGUGUCAACAUGCUAUUAGAAUGGAAUUUGUUCAUUAUCGUUGAAUGGAUCAUUGUUAGGUGAAGGUUCCAUAAAAAUUACCGGUAGAUUUCCCUUUUUUCAGAACUAGAGACGUUUUAUAUCAAUUUUCAAUUUAAUUAUCUGGCCAUGCUAUGGAAGAAUGAUUUGUAUCCAACUUCGAUGAUCUCUAAGCAACUGUAGUGCUUCAUUAAUGAAGAUGCAACAAAAGUACAGAACACUUUUCAAAUGUAAUUAAAUAACAGCAAUAUUCUUCGUAAAAAGACGCAAAAGAUAAGUGCGAUGAGCAUUUUAUAUUUUUUCUUAGAAAACAUCAGCCAAAAUAUGAGCACUCAUUGCAUUAAUAUGAUUAUCGAUAUAAUUAGAGGAGAUAUUCUGUUAUCCCGUUCCGUUACAAUCGAGGUAAUUGAUCUGAUGAGCUUAAUGGAUUAAAAAGCAAAUGCAUUUUAUUGUUGAUGACUCAAAGAAAAUUACAACGAAGUUUAGUGUCUAUUCGAGGAUGUUUGUAUAACAAAAAUAAUAAUGUCACAAUACUCGGAGGCAUAUUUUUUCUAAUGACUAAAAUGAGUUGUGCAUGGGGUAUAUUUUUGCGUAAAUUGAAGGGAAAUUAUUAUGAUUUUUUAAAUUAAUAGCUCAUUAAACCGAGAUAUCUCAUCCAUUCACGAUCAAUUAUGUCUCUCAAAAAACGAAUAAUUAGUUAAUUAAAUUAAUUAAAUUCAGCAGUGGUUUAUUGUUCACGUGCCCCGCGGAAACGUAAAUCGUUAGAAAGAAUUUUUCGUCGAAAUUCAACAAAAUAUCCAAUAUCAAUUACGAGUUUGAUUUUUCUAAUUCAGUUCCGACAAUACUCAUUUUGGUUUAUUUGAUGUGAGAAAGUGGCAUCAUUCAUGUCAAAUAGAUCGAAAAAUAAUGCUCAAAAUAUAAAAAAUAUAUUUGUAAUUAUUUCAGAAACAUUUCUCUGACUAUUUUCCAUAAAUGAUGACAUUUUUUAAUGAAAAACGAAACCAAAAAGUGAAGUUUACUGUGUUGAAUUCGAAUUUCAAGAGAUUAACUCGGAAUUAUUAUUGUACACAAUUCUACGAAAAUAGAAGACAAACUGUUGAACACCUUUAGAUUUGUUUUUAUUUUAUAGAAAUAUAAUCAGUCAUUGCUAUUAAAGUGACAUUAAAUUCAGUUUGGAGGGCAAAAUUUGUUGGGCAUUUUUUUAUUUUAAGUCGAAUUCAAGGAAAUUCAUUUGUUUUCCCCGUAAGUGAAAUGAAAAUUUCCCAACGACUGAAUUUUCAAUUUCUCCUGAAUUUUCAUGAUUUUUCCGUAUUUUCACGGAAUAAUAUAACUAAAAAUUGAAUAUUCUAUUGAAAUUUCACAGUAUAGUUUAAAAAUCGUAAGCUUUAGAAUACAUGGAACAUUUGAAGUGGAGCAGGGGUAGUGAAGGAAUAAACAAUUAAUUUUUGAACAAUAAUUAUUCGUUUUAUGCACGCAAUUGAUCUUCAACGUGUCAAAUCUGUCAUUAGAAUAGCCCACGAUUUUUAAAAUUAAUGAGAGUAAUCCCCAUUUAAAAAUCAUGAUUUCAAUUAAUAAUUUUUAAAAUUAAUGAAAGCAAUCUCCAUUUAAGAAUGAUGAUUUUGAUGAAUAGCAGCAUCUGCUGGACGUCAGCCAAAGAUGUCACGACAUCCUGGAUAAAUGGUCAUAACCAGGCAUUCAAGUUAUUUAUUUUCACUGCUCGGAGGUCAAACAUUCCGGUAAACGAUGGAUGCAAAUGACUAACUUUUCAUUAAUUCAAAAUUUUCAUAAUCCGUGACGAGUAGAGAACACUUGCAUUAAUCAACUUGAUGAUGUGCUGAAGUCAAUAAACUCGUUGAAGUCAAAUAAUUCACGAUAGCCAAAUUUAAUUGAUAAAUUCGUUGUUGGAUAUGAUUGAAGGAGAUGGUACAAAAUAGUUCAAUUUAUCAUUAUAUUACCAAUGGGAGGCUUUUGCAAUGAUAUACCGUGUCACAUUAAUUAAUAUGAAUUUUAAUGGGAUCCUGGAUCACUUGUCGUCAUUGAUUGUAAUUCAAUAUAAUUGUUAAAUAAAAGAAUUUUAGAUAAUUAAUAAAGAGGAAGAUGAAUCUCCAUUGUAAAUCUUUAGUUUCAUUGAUCGUUAUCUUAAGGGGCAACGAAAGUGGUCUUAAAAUUACGUUUUAUCAACCCACUUUUCUGAUAUUUUAUCCAAUGAAAAUUAAUAAAAUCUUUAUGAAUGAUUUAGAGCAACAGAAGGGAAGACUUCAAUUUUUUUUUCUAAUUUACAUCAAGAAAAUUUCCAAAAAUUGAUUAUUACCAUCUAUUUAAAAAAUGAAAGUAAUCGACCCUGGUAUCACCUCCACAUACUACAAUGCUGCAAUAUUAUAAUUAAUUCCCCUACAAAUACUCAUUACAAGAACACUUCAUCAUAGUAUUAUUGAUCACACGAGCUAAUUAUUACAGCAUCACUCUUCACAUUGCCAAUCAAUUACAGCAUUCUUUAUCACAUGGGCUGUUUAAUCGACAAUUCAAUGCCAGAAUGUGGAACGCGACAUAAAUUUCCGGUCUUCCACGUGAAUACUGCACUGUAUGUUUACCGUGAUCAAUUGUCCAGUAAUAAGUUGAAAUGAUGAAUUUAAGAAGUGAGGAGAUAUGCUGUAAUCCAUGUCCUUAGUGAUGAAAUGUACUGUAAUGAAUUUUAAUUGUGAUGAAAUUAACUGUGAUGAAUUGUGGAAUCAUCGGCCCUUUGUUAUCGCACUUUCAAUUAUUGUUUAAAAUUUUAGAUAUUUCCAUUAGGUAGAAACGAAGGAAAAGGGUUUGAGAAAUUAUACUUUUGCCACCCCUUCCUCUUCCCCUUAAUCUAUCUUUAAGGAUAUCCAAGUACUUCGACAGCUUUCUUAAGUAAAAUGUUUUUCUACUUUUGUCCUGAAACAUUAUACCUUUCAUCUGAGUGACCAUUUUAUAAUGGUUUUUUUAUUGAAAUUUUCUAGAUAUUAAUUAGAAUUUUCAUGUGGUGUCAUUAAAAAAUAAUUUAAAAAUCUGAGAACAUACCGAAAAUUUCAUUUUGAAGAAAAGCUGAUGAAAUCGUUAAAAAUCUGAAAUGUUUUUGAAAUACGAAUAAUUUCUAUGAAGAAUUCAUAACAAUUAAUUAACUUUCCUCUGAAUAAAUAAUUUGUUGGGAGUAGUGAAAGAGUUUCCCAAACUGCCAAUAAUAUCAACCAUUCAUGUGUACACAACGAAUGAUUAAAAAAUUAUAAUUUUGUUCAAAAUGUAAUUUGAGUGACGCUGAUUACUGAUGAUAUUUUUCAAAUACUUCUCGCACAAUUUAAUUGAUGAAUUUGAAGAUUGAAAUUUUUAUUGUCAAUAUAUCCGAACAAAGUGGUUUAUUCUCCCAACGCAAACAUCAAUAAUUCAACACUUGAUAAAUGACAAGAUGUUCUUAAAUGCUAAGUUGACAUAAAGUGAAAGAGGACUUAAGGCCUGGGUCCAUUAUCUUUAGAACAUAAUCUCAAUCCAUUAUUUUGUUCAAUUCUUAUGUAAAAAUUUGAACUCGAUUACCCGUCACACAGAAGCACUCAACAAUUAUGAAUUUAGUUUUUAACAAAGUGGAAAAAAAGAUGAACGGGUCCUUGAGGAAUUAACUCAUGAAAAAACAGAGCUACAAAAAAUAGUCAAGAAAAAAAAGCCCAUGAAAAAAAUUAUCUCAUGGACUCAAUUGAUCAGCUGUGAUUUUUCUGAGAACUCAAUGGCUUUGGCUUCUAUUAGUCGGGGCUGCGAUUUUCGGUAGCAACGAUUGCCGCUGAAAAAUGAUAGCUGAUAGACAAUAAAUAUUUCAAUUCAGUAUUUUGGAAAAAAUUAAGUAAGCACUUAAUGCUCAUCAAAAUUUAGGGAAAAAAUCGAACAAAAUAUUUUUAAAACUUUCAAAGAGCAAGACAAGCGAGAUUCAAAAGGUUUCCUGUUCGAUCCUAUUAUUAUCCAGGACGCAGCUCCUCUCGUAGAGGUUUUCUUUUAUAUUCUCAAAGAAAGCUCUGUCAAUCUGUUCAAUUUUUUGCUUCCAAAUAGAAGCUUUGUAAUCGCCUGAUUUUCAGGUUUUCUAAUUUUGUUUGAAAAUAAUAUGGAAUAGUCUGACUAGUAGAAAUAGAAAAUUUGAGGGGCAUAUAUGUGUGUAUGUGCGCAUAGUCAAUUUGGCCCACUCUUUUACAAAAUUAAAGGAAUAAACGGCUAAACUUAUUCCGAAAAAGGUUAAAUUUCAUCAAAUCACAGUUAUCACUAAGAAUUAGGUAUGUGGUCAAACUCAAUUCGAUUGGUCCAGCCGUUUUUCAUAAAUUUUCCUUUCGCGUUCAACCGGUUUUCGCAAAUAUCUUGAAAAUUAUCAAACCCAUUUCAAUUUUUCACUUCUCAAAAUGUUCGGUUCGAUGUAUUCUAUCUCAAUCAAUCACAAUAUGUGUACCCCUUCUCAUUAAGUUGUCCAGAUAUUUCAAUUUUUCUGUUUUGUACAAAAAAAGAUUGUUAGCACGGUGACCUUGCGAAAAAUUCAUUUAACAUUUACCAACAUUUGAAAUUUGACAUGAAAUAUCCUCUUGGCAAUAAAAUGUUUGGUAUUGAAGAACGACUCAAUCGGAUGAUUAGUUCAUGAGAUAAUCCACUUCGCUUUACUUUUUCCCAACUAAAUUUAGAGUUUCCACCGGUCUCUGGGCGAUGGGUAAUCGAGUUAAAAUUAUCAAUUUAAAUUACGUUUUAAAAAUAAUUGAUCCAGGCCUUAGGCAGAAGAAUACAAGAUAAGUCCAGAAAAAUGAUUCAUUUGAAUAAAGUACACUGAUCGAUUUCAAUUGUAGAAAAUACCAUUGUUGCGUAACAAAACAAAUUGUUUUAUGUUUGGUUUAUAUUAAAUUAAUGAAUUUACAUUAGGCAGCACUUUCGAGUUCAUCUUGCGAUAAAUUUUUGAUUUAUCAAAAACCAUUGAACGAGUCUGAACACUGAAAACCAUCGACGAUUGAAAUUUUACGAGGAUUCAAUUAUUUUUACCAUUUUAUUUUAUGCAGAGAAAUCCAUUUUUUUGAAAUCUGUAGAGACAAGAAAGAGUUUCAAACACUACUUUUGGAAGGGGGAUGAGCGUUUGAAUUGAAAUCCUAAUAUUGGACCAUUAGAGCAUACUGUAAAAAUCUAAAAAAAUAAAAAGUCCGCUUUUAAUGAUAAAUUGAUGAAAUAAUCUCAAAAUUGAUUUUUUUAAUUGCAAGCAUUUUCUACAAAUAUAUUAUCAACUGUCAUUUUAUUUCACGAAAAUUCUUUUUCCCAGUCAAAGUCAGUUGGUUCACAUUCCCAAUUUUACUAGAAAUUGAGUUUAUACCUGGAAAAAAGGCCUCCAAAAGUUUUCGCAAUUUUAAUCAUUCUUUUAUAAAUAACGAAUGCUUAAACAAAAUUCUUUUACAAGUGAUUUAUUUUAUCACCUUUAAAAAAUAAUUGAAUCUGAAUUUCGAUCAGCAACUGUAAAAAAUACUUGGAAAUCCAUAAUUUUUUUCUAUUAUGAUUUUAAGUAAUUCAUGAUAAAUUAGAAGAAGUUUUGACCGUCCUAUUAGAGUAAUUUAAAAAACCAUAAUUCACAUCUGAAAUUUGGUGAGACCAAAUUAUAUCCAUAAAUUUCUUUGUCUUUUGCGGUAACAUCGGAGAGUCGGCUUUAAUUAUCUGCUGCCUCAUUAAUAAUUUAUCGAAACGAAAGUGAUAAAGAAAAAUUAUUUUGCAACUAAUGAAGUGAACAAUAGGCUUUGCUCCAUCGGUUUAUGUGAAAACUACCAUAAAGGUUAAUUAACUGAGUGUAUGACUUAUGUAUUGUGCGUUCACUUUCAAAUUCGAAACGAAGCGUUCACAAGGAACACGAGGUAGAUGUCUACCUCCGAUUUUAAAGAAACUUGAGUAUGAUGUAGAGGACUCAGAAUUACGGAGCACGUUUUCUUAUCAGCCCAUAGGUGGGUUUGGGGAUUGAAUUUUCUUUACGCAGGCAACUGAAGUAAUGGGCCAAUGUCAGAAAAUUAAUUUUUCCGCUCUGAUCUUAACUUCCCUUCGUCGGCUGAUUGGCAGUGGCCCAUUAUCCAUCAGCUUCCUGUUAUCAACAGAAAAAUUGUUUAGAUGUUCUCCUGCUGUGCGCAAUCGAAGAGAUAGUCCAAGAGGUGAUCAACUUCAGCGGGUGGUUUGCCCUCUUAAACGCGCGUAUGGUCUGAUAAAAAAACGACGUAUCUCUUAUUAAUGAGUAUUCUACAACAUAUUCAAGUUUCAUAAAAAUCGGAGGGGGCCAUGUACCUAUGGUUCCAUGUCAGUGAAUAUUAGAGCUUCCUAAAAGUAAUGCCAAACUGCUCAUCUAUAAAUUACGGUUUUAAUUACCUGAUAAUAUUCGAUAAUAUUUGACUAUUGAUUUUCUCCCUCUUCAUAAUUUAAAGGAGUUUUUUUUACAUGUGUCAGUCGUAUAUGUAGUGUGGCCUACAUUCUACCCAUUUGAGUCUAAAUCUAGACAUCCAUAACUAUAAAUCUAGCUAUCCAUAUUGUGUAGAGAACGAAUACCCAUAAAUACCAAUAAAUGUAUCAUGAAAAAUUAAUCCAUAAAAAUCUACUACUCGAAGCAUAAUAAAAAGUAAAAUGAGAAAGAAUGAGUGCGGACAAGUGAAGAAAUUUCAUUGAUUGAUUGAAAAUAAAAUUGUCCAUGUCGAAACCCAAUUACUGAGUGGAGAGAUUAUAUGAUAGUAUAACGAACAUCACCCGAAUCACGAAACUUUUCACUUCAACCAGAAAUGUAACAAAGUAUUACUAAUUUCCGAUUAAGAUGUCGAAUGAGUAUUUUUUUUUUUAAAUAAAAUAUUAUUUCGAGGUAAUGUCUAUUCAGCUGACCAUCCACCUAUGAACUUUGUAUUUUUGUUUUUUCUUUGAAAAAUUAUAAUUCGAUGAAGAUGAAAACAUGUCACUAUAAUUUUCCAAGUGUUAAUGUUUCCGUGUCUAAUACAUGAAAAUACAUGCCUACGUAUUUGUGUUUCAUGGCAAUUAGCACUUAGGCAUAAUUCAUCUGUACAUAGAAACCAAUGAAUAUUUCGAAAAAUGAAAAAAUGACUAGUAAGUGUUUUAGACUCUUUUCAAGAGAUAAAGAAUACCAUUAACUGGCUAAAAGUAUAUAUAUAUAUAUAUAUAUAUGUAAGUUUGGUAUGAUUUAAAUAACUGGUGUAAACUGAAUAACUUUGAUUCGUUAUAUUUGGACACAAGAAUGAUGAUUUUAUGAAAAAUGUGAAAGUGAAAGGAAAGCCAGUAAAGACAAACGUAACGAAAAGAGAACAUAUUUUUUGCGGGAUAGAUUUCAUACUCUCAACUCAUUCACGACCUCAUAAGAACUUUUAAGAAUCCAAAUAGACAUAAUUAAAAUUAAACAAUUAAAAUCCAUUGAUAUAAGUACCAAAUUCGAAUGGCGAAUUAAAACUUAAUUCCUUACAAUAAUGCUUAACAGAAAAACAAAAAUACUGUGUCCUGUUAUAACGAAUACCAAUGUCUAAUUUUUCGCAGAUAUUAUUAUCCAAGAAAAAACAAAAAUGAUUUUAAAUAAUAAAUAAUAAUGUGCUUACGUUGUACACCUCAUUUGUAAAUAUUAGAUCGUAUUUUUGUCUUUAAUGUAAAAUCAACGAGAAUUUUAACUGCAAGAUGGAAAAAAACUAAUGGCUUAGUUAUUAGUAUAAAGAAAAUAAAGUUAAAAACCUGAUGGAAUCAUCAAUGA